GCAAAACAAGACUUGCAACAAGUGGCUUUGAUACAAUCUUGCAAGAACUAUGGCUGUCUCUUGUGGUUUAAAAACUCUGGGAUAAUUUUACGCCGAUCGCCAACGUCUUCACAGUUUCCCAGUCGCUGCAGUGUGUCCAGCCGCGUCCAGGGCUUUGGCUGGUCUCGGAGUUCCGUCCGUCCGAGUUCCGUCCGAGCGAGUUCCGUCCGAGUGAGGUCCCGAUGGAGUCGUACGGCGUGGGCUCUGCGCCCGGCGCCACCCUCUACCCGCCGCCGCAAGCGGGCCAGCGCGGGCCCAAGGGCCCGGCCAACGGCAGCUACGGCCUCAGCAUCCGCGUGCAGGGCAUCGCCGGGCACCCCUACGUGGUCCUCAACAACCAGGAGCGCCCGUCCAACCCGUACCCGCACCCGCCCGGCAGCAACAGCAACGGGCACCGCCACCCCGAGAGCUCCUUCAUCGACGACUACCGGGACUACGACUUCCGCGGGCCCAGCCCCUUCGUGGAGUUCCGCGCCCAGAAGCCCGUCGGUACCGGCACCGGCACCGGCACCGGUACCGGUACCGGUACCGACGGCCCCCCCGCCGUGACGACGGGCCUGAAGGAGAACCAGGACCCGCAGCAGCAGCAGGCGUCCCGGCGGAGCCCCAACCUGCUGAACUUCCAGAAGCAUCCGGAGCUGCUGAGGCCCUACGACCCCGACAGCAACACGCUGGAGACCUUCCGCAGCCCCUCCACCGGCCCACAGGGGGCGCCACUACCCGACAGCGCUGUGCCCGCCGCUGUGCCCGCCGCUGUGCCCACCGCUGCCCACGCCACCAGGGCCUCCAGCCUGGACCGGCCCCGCACGCCCGCCGGGCCCCAACAACAGCAGCAGCAGCAGCAGGCACCCAAGAUGGCGCCUCAGCCCAAGACCCAGACCUACCCCCGGCCUUACGUGCCCAAGAGCCCCACGCGAGGCCCGCCUCAGAGCCAGAGCCAGAGCCAGAGCCAGAGCCAGAACCAGGCCAAGGCCCCAAACCGUGCCCCGGUCCAGUCUCAGGUCAAGCCCAAAGCACAGCCCCAAACGCCCGCUCCUGCCCCUGCUCACCCCGCCCAGACCAAACUGCCCCCAGCGCAGCGUGUUCCGCUGCCCCAGGCUGCCCCCGCCAGCGACCCUGUUGCCCCCGCCAGCGACCCUGUUGCCCCCACCAGCGACCCUGUUGCCCCCACCGCACCAGCACCAGUGCCUCCUCCGUCCAGACGCUCACCCAGCGUGGCCAGCAGUGCCAACUCCAGCCUGGAGCGCGCCGCCUCUGCCACCUCUGCCACCUCUGCCACCUCCGGCGCCGGCUCCGGUUCCGUCUCCGCGGGGAGUCCGGUCCGCGCCCGCGAGCCCGACGUCCUGCCCCUGCGCCGGGUGGACUCCAGCGGGCCGGUUCUGCAGUCGUCGUCAUCGUCGUACGCUCCGCAACGCUCCCGCAACUCCUCCACCUCCUCCUCCUCCACCACCACGGCGACCGGCAGCUCGGCGACCGCCGCCUCCUCCCGCGCCCUGUCGCCGGGGCGACCGGCGCCCGGCGGCGACGACGAGCUGGAGGCGCUCUACGCCGAGUCCGUCAACCGGCACAAGAACCGGCGCUACAUCCCCUUCCUGGCCGGCACGGGCCGAGACAUCGACACCGGGCCGCUGGCCGCCGUCGACGCGCUCAUCAGCCACUUCGAUGGGACGGGCGGCACGGGGACCCAGCGGCGCGGGCGGACGGGACGGCACGGUCGAAUCGACCCGGAGGACCGCAAGCGCUCGCGCAGCGUGGACAGCGCGCUGCCCUUCGACCUGUCCGAGGGCGGCGGGGACGGAGACGGAGACGGUGGCUACCUGGAGCAGGUGAGCCGCGCCCGGGGACGUUCGGGCGAACACGUGCUGCGCCCGUCCCAGCUGGGGCUGAAGAAGGGGUCGGGGGGGUGCGGGGUGACCCCCACGCUGACCCUCCCCUCGGGCCGCCGCGCGUCCGCCAGGGACCCCCCGAGGGGCAGCAGUGCUCCGGGGUCGCCCCAGGGCUCCCUGCCCAGGAGAGAGGGCUCUGCGCCGGGCUUCAGCAGGUCGGAGAGCAGGUCCUCCCAGGAGGAGGGUCAGGCAGAGCCAGGGUCAAAGGUCAAGACCAGCGUCGUCACCACGUCUCUGUCCAGGCCGAACUCCAGAGCCAGCAGCAGCCCCAAGGCUAAGGGAACAGAGUUAGAGGCGCAGGUGACCCCUGACCUCCUGAAAGGUCAGCAGAAUGUGGCCCAGCAGACGCAUGAGGAGACCGCCAAACAGAUCCUCUUCAGCUACCUGAAGGCUGGGAGCAGCGAUAACGAUGACACGACCAAGAGGAAGGUCAACCUGGUGUUUGAGAAGAUCCAGACCCUCAAGUCCCGCGCCGCAGGGAGCGCCGAAACCACGGUUCCAGACCAGGCCUCCCAGGCGAAGGCUCUUGAAGAGCAGAAAGUGGAACUGGAGAAGCAGGUGUCUGACCUGAAGGGUCGUCUGGAGGAGGAGACCAAGAAGCAGAGGUCUCUGCAGGCGGCCCAGAGGGCGGCUGGUGAGGGUGUGAAGGGGCUGCAGCAGCAGCUGGACCAGAGCCUGCAGGAGUGCACUGGGCUGCGGGAGAGACUGGCCAAGACCGAGACCCACCUGCGCACUACACUGGAGGAGCUGUUCCAGGUGAAGAUGGAGCGUGAGCAGUCCCAGACGGAGAUCAGGGACCUGCAGGACCAGCUGUCUGAGAUGCACGACGAGCUGGACGGAGCCAAGAGGGCCGCCGCAGAGGGAGCCGACAAGGAGGCCAUACUGGAGGACCUGGUGCAGCUGAAGCUGGACCUGCAGGAGGUGGUGCUGGCCAAGGAGGAGCAGGAGGAGGUGCUGAGGAGGCGCGAGCGCGAGCUGACUGCCCUGAAGGGGGCGCUCAAGGACGAGGUGUCCACGCACGACCAGGAGGUGGACAAGCUCCGCGAGCAGUACGAGCAGGAGAUCCGCAAGCUGCAGACCAACGUGGACGAGGCCAAACAGAGCAGUGUGGCGGUGUGUCGUGAGCGUGCGGAGGUGGAGGCUGCGCGCGGGGCGUUGGAGGGUCAGGCGGGGCGGCUAUCCCAGGAGGCCGAGCGGCUGCGGCGGCGCGUGCAGGAGCUGGAGAACGAGGUGGCCAAACUCAACCGCAUCAUCGACGAGGCCAAGCUGCAGGAGAACCGGCUGGCCGAGAGACUCGGCAGACUGGAGAAAGAGAAGAAGCUGGUGGAGGAGGCGCUGGCUGAGGUGAGGGAGGAAGAGGAGGAGAUGUCCAGAGCCAACAGAGCACUGACCACCCGCCUGGAGGAUGUGCAGAGGAACCUGAGUCGUCUGACGGUGGAGCACCGUGAGCUGGGGGAGCAUCUGAGGGAGGAGCGCAGCCAGAAGGAGCAGUUCAGGAGCACCAAGAACCAGAUAGAGGAGGAGAGGAGGCUCCUGGACCGCACCGUGGACAAGCUGCAGAGAGAGAUGAAUGAGAUUGUGGAGGCGUCUCAGAGCUCUACCCAGGAGCUGCAGGAUCAGAUCGACGCGUACAAGGAGAAGAACCGGAGGGAACUGACGGAACUGCAGCGGCAGCUGAGAGAGAGAACCGCAGAACUGGAACAGUCACGGCAAACAGCCAAGACCCUGCAGGACGAGGCGCUCCACCUGGCGGAGGACCUGCGUGAGUGUAAGCGUGAGCGCGACGACUCGGUGCAGCUGGCGAAGGAGCUGGAGCGCAAGGUGUUCGACCUGGAGGUGGAGGCAGAGACACGCCACCAGACCAAAGAUGACAAGACCCGACAAAUCAAACUGCUGGAGGAGCGUAUCGGUCAGCUGGAGAUGGAUCUGGACGAGGAGAGGCAGAGCGGAGACCAGCUGAUGGACAGGAUAGACCGAGGGAGAGAACAGGUGGAGCAGAUGAGGAGCGAACUCUUGCAUGAGAGAUCCGGCCGACAGGACGUGGAGUGUGACAAGAUGGCUCUAGAGAGACAGAAUAAGGACCUGAAGAGUCGUGUGGCGCACCUGGAGGGCUCCCAGAAGUCCAGUAAGGAGGGGCUGGUGUCCCAGCUGGAGGCCCGCAUACAGGAGCUGGAGGAGAGACUGGAGGGAGAGGAGAGGGAGAGGGCCAAUCUGCAGAUGGCCAAUCGCAGACUGGAGAGAAAGGUGAAGGAGAUGAUGAUGCAGGUGGAUGAUGAACACAACUCUCUACAGGACCAGAAAGACCAGCUGAACCUGCGUGUGAAGGCUCUGAAGCGCCAGCUGGAUGAGGCGGAGGAGGAGAUGGAGCGGCUGGAGCACGGCAAGAAGAAGCUGCACAGGGAGCUGGAGGAGCAGCAGGAGACCAACGAGCAGCUGCAGAGCCAGCUCAAGGCCCUCCGGAGCGAGAUGAGGCGUAAGACCUCCUCUGCUCCCAUCCUCAACACAGACCUGGACGAUGACGACGACGAUGACAUCAGCACGGACGGAGAAACCUACUUCAGCUCUUCGUCCGGCUACAAGCGCUCCAGCAGUCAAGACAACAUCAUCUCGACCUACACACUGUAACACACACACACACACACACACACACACACACACACACACACACACACACACACACAUGCAUCUGUUACUGACUGGGCCCUGUAUGGGCACAAGCCCACAGAACCAGAGGAACCCCAUCAGUCUGGUGUUUUGGGCUUUAAGGGACACCGUACCACUGAACAAAUACCUGUCACCAUGUUGAGAACAAGUCUAGAUAUUCUCCUCUGUAUUAUUCUGCUUUUGGUUUUAUUUUUCAUCCUUUUUAUCCUUUUAUCGUCCUACUGUAUAGCCUUUCUCAUUUAACCAUAGCUCUUGUAUUUACCACAGCAACAUGGAAAUGAUUCAAUAUUUUUCUUUUUUUGUUGUUGUUGUGUUGUUUUUUAAACAAAGUGCAUUUUAAAAGACGAACCGAAUCAUUCCUGCCGAAUCAUUCCGAAUCAUUCCUGCCGACGUGUCACUCAUUCCUGCCAGGCCUUCAGCGGAGGUGGAGUGGAGGCGUUAACGAGUGGAGGCGUUAACGAGUGGAGACGUUAACGAGUGGAGACGUUAGCGAGUGGAGACGUUAACGAGUGGAGACGUUACUGAUUUCUCCGUGACGGCCUCGAGCGCGAGCGUGCCGGGCUGCUCUAGUGAAGGGAAGCACUCGAUGAGGGAGACGUUUUCAACGCGUCCGUUUCUCCGUCCCGUUCGUGAUAUUAGCUUAGCUAGGAGUUAGCGCACAUCAUAGAGGUCAUCAUAACGGUCAACUCUUCACGCUGUUUCUGUACUGCUGUUGUUACAUAUGGUUUGAUAUAAAAAGAUAUAAAAUAUAUAUAUAUAAAUGAGAUCGGUAUUAUUUUCACUGGUUGUUACUGUGCUAUUCUGACUUAUAAACUGGAUCUCACUAUUGGUGCUGCUCUGGAACUCAUGUUGUGGAACUAUGUGCGUGUGUGUGUGUGUGUGUGUGUGUCUGUGUGUGUGUGUGUGUGUGUGUGUGUGUGUCCGUGGUUCCUGUAAUCAAAUCAUUCCCUUUUUCACAAAGAGAACUCGUGUGUGAUUCCUGUAAUCAAAUGCAUUCCUUUUUUUUUUAUCACAAAGAGAAUUAAUCUUGUGGACCAUUGAAGUAGAGUGGGGUUCAG